AUGUUGAACGUGAAUGAUUACAACGCCCAGAGUCUCGCCCAGCCGACAAACCUUCGGGCCAUGUUACGCUCUGGCGAGCUUCUCUGGGGCACCUCAUGCCGAAUAGCAAGUGAGGAGGCUGCCAGAAUUGUGGCGACACUUCCGCACCAUUUCUGUUUUAUCGAUUCGGAACACUCUCCUCUUAACGCCACAUUGCUCGUCUCCCUCGUCAAAACUAUUCAACAAUAUUCUGAGGGGAGAAUGGUUCCAAUCGUCCGAAUCGCGCCCAAUUCUACGGAUUUAAUAAACUACGUUCUUAACGCUGGUGCUGGCGGCAUCGUGAUGCCACAUGUUCAGAACGCGGUCCAGAACGCGGCUCAGGCCGAGGCCUUUGUACGUCUAGCCAAAUUUCCACCUCUUGGAGAACGCAGCUACCCACCCAUGGCGCUACUUGGGGCUCAAACUCGGACAAGGGAUGGUCAGACUGUAUAUGAUAUUUGGAACGAGCAUACCGCCAUUUUCUGUCAGAUAGAGGAUGUUGAAGGCAUAAAGAAUGGUGAAGAGAUUGCCAGGGUUCCAGGAGUUGACGCAAUAAUGGUUGGUGCGGGCGAUCUGAGGUGCUCUCUCGGCCUUGCGGUUGGCAGUCAGCAUGGCAACGAACAAGUCUUCCUUGAUGCUCUUGAGAAAGUUCAGCAUGCGGCUGAUACAAACGGCCUUCCAGUAUUGGGGUUCGCUAUGACUCCAGAAAUCUUACAUCAUCGUUUGGAACGUGGCUGGAGGGCAUUCAUGGUGCAUUCAGAUGGCUAUGGUGUUUUCACGUCUGGAACGGAGAGUUUUGUCAAAGGGGUUCAGCUAUCAGAGCAAAUAUUAGCAAGGGAGAAAAUAGUAGUCAAUGGGUAA